UCUCACCAUUGGCUGCUUCAUCUGUUAGCAGUGGAAAUCACAGGAAGCCUCAAUUGGUUCACAGUCCUCUCUGGAGUCUUUUUCUUUUCUUUUUUUAAAUUUACCCGUAUUAGGUAGAUGUACCGGGUCAUUUCUUAAAUAUAAUACAAAAUCUUCCUUGCUAGUACUUCCUUGCUAAUUAUUUGUGUAUUAAUAUAAUAGAGUGAUUCGCAGUACUUUGGCAGAUUUUAGAUCAUUAUUCCUUUCAUGGAGCACAAAACAUAUAAUGAGGAAAGACCUUCUUACAUACAGAGGUAACAGAAAUUAAUGCCCAGAUUAAAACAUGGAUUUGAGCACUUAAUCAGAAUUGUUCUUCCCGCAGUCUCAGUCUAGGGCCAGUGGAAAAGAUGUUUUUUUUUUCCUUACUUUUAAUGCCUGUCACAAAUCCUUUGGGUCACUGACAUCAUUCAUGAGAUAUUGUAACUUUUUAAAUUUAACUUUUUCAUGUUAACAAAUUUAGAAAAGAGUUUUUGACUAGAGCUGAUUUUAGUAAAUAUAAGUUAUACUAAAUUUAUAACUUAUAAAGUGUAUGGUUUUUUUAAUCCUUUAAAUGCUAGUUUAAAAACUUAAUGCUGAGAUGGGUACAGUGGUGUGUACCUGCAGCAGUCCCCAGCUACUCAGGAGACUGAGGCAGGAGGGUCGCUUAAGCCCAGAAUUUUGAGACUAGGCAAAAUAAGGAGAUGCUGUCUCAAAACAAACCAACAAAAAGCCAAAUAGCAAACAGGAUUUUGAAAAAUGGUGCAUAUCAUCUUUCAUCAGUAGAUCUUAAUUCAGUUUUAGAACUAGAUUAUUUAUAAAGUACGCUGUUGAAUUUAGAGACUUGCUAAAUUAUAGUUUAGCAAGGCAAAAUUAUGUAUUUAAUACCAAAUUCCUAUUUUUAUUUUAAAAUAAUACAUAAAACAUAAAAAUUAUACAUAAUUGGAUACAGUAAUGCUUGAUACAUAUAUAUGUCACAUAGUGUUUAAAUUAAUGUAUUUAUCUCCAAAAACAUUUAUAAUUUCUUUUAUGUUGAAAACAGUCAAAGCCAUUUCUGCUAGCUUUUUGAAAUGUAUAGUACAUUAUUGUUAUCUGUGACCACAAUAUUGUAUAAUAGUACACCAGAGCGUUUUGCUUUCAUGUAAUGACCAAAUUUGUAUUUUUGUUUUGUUUUUGAGACAGGGUCAGGCUAUCCUUGAACUCACAGUGAUCCUCCUGCCUCAGCCUCUUUAAGUGCUGGGAUUACAGGCAUGUACCACCACACCCAGCCCGAAUUCCUCUUUUUCAAUAACAUUUUUGACAAGUAACAUUUUGACUUCUAAGUCUUUUUAUUUAAGUGUUAAAAUCGGUGAGAUAUAAUAAAAAAGAAUUUUUAAAAUUUUGUUCUUCUAAUCUUUUGAGUCAUUUUUAACUCUACUACAUAACUUGUUUAUGUUUUUAAAAUAUUCAUAAGAUCUGCAUCCUUAGCAUUCCAAUAGGUCCUCCAUAUACUUUAUGGUAUGAGUAAUAUCUAAAUUAGCCUUUCUUACAGUCUUGAGUGCUUACCUUCUCUUUCAUUCAGAAAGGCAGCAAAUACUUCCUGGUUACUGUUCAUGUUACGUCUAAAUUUAGAAUUACGGAUUUUAGUGCGCCUUACCUGGAAGUUACCCAUUCUUGUUUAACUAUUUGCUUCCCUUUCUGUUAUAUUUCUUGCUUGUUCUGUCAAAUUUGCUAGCUUCAGAAGUAAACAGCAGUUCUCCAUCUCUAAGUGUCUCCUGCCUCUUUUUUUUCCUCCUGCCUCUUUAUGAUUAUGAACUAUUAUGGAAAAGGAAAAGUGAGAAUUACCUUAGUAACAAAGAAUGAUCCAUAUAAGCCUCACCCUCAUGACUUGGUUGGAAAAGACUGCAGAGAUGGCUACUAUGAAGCUGAUUUUGGACAGGAGCGUAGACCCUUGUUUUUUCAAAAUUUGGGUAUUCGAUGUGUAAAGAAAAAAGAAGUAAAAGAAGCUGUUAUUUCAAGAAUAAACGCAGGAAUCAAUCCUUUCAAUGUUCCUGAACAGCAGCUGCUUGAUAUUGAAGAUUGUGACCUCAAUGUGGUGAGACUAUGUUUUCAAGUUUUUCUUCCUGAUGAACAUGGUAAUUUGACAACUGCACUACCUCCUGUUGUUUCUAACCCAAUUUAUGACAACCGUGCUCCAAAUACUGCAGAAUUAAGGAUUUGUCGUGUAAACAAGAACUGUGGAAGUGUCAGGGGAGGAGAUGAGAUAUUUUUACUUUGCGACAAAGUCCAGAAAGAUGACAUAGAAGUUCGUUUUGUGUUGAAUGAUUGGGAAGCAAAAGGUAUCUUUUCCCAAGCUGAUGUGCACCGUCAAGUAGCUAUCGUUUUCAAGACUCCUCCAUAUUGCAAAGCUAUCACAGAGCCAGUAACAGUAAAAAUGCAGCUGCGGAGACCUUCCGACCAGGAAGUUAGUGAAUCUAUGGAUUUUAGGUAUCUGCCAGAUGAAAAAGAUACUUAUGGCAAUAAAUCUAAGAAACAAAAAACAACUCUACUUUUCCAGAAACUUUGGCAAGAUUGUGCAGUUAAUUUUCCAGAGAGACCAAGACCUGGCCCCCCAGGAUCAAAUGGAGAAGGAAGACUCAUCAAAAAAGAAUCAAACUUGUUUCCUCAUGCAGCAGUUAUUCCAGAAAUGCCCAGGCCUUCAGGGGUUUCAGGUCAAGCAGAACCCUACUAUCACUCACCAGUGUCCAUCUCGGGUGGAUUGUCACAUCACACGUCAGCCGUGCCCUCGAUGGUAUCGCCGCAUACUUCAGGCUGGUCACCAGUGCCACAGUCCACCUCGCGUUCCGUCAGUGCAAAUCCACUGACUAGUUUUUCAACAGGGACACUUCCCUCUAAUUCACAGAGUAUCUCACCCUUCCUGGCCAUGCCUAGUGGGACUGAUUUAAAUGCUUCUAAUGCUUGCAUUUAUAACAGUACUAAUGACCUAGGCAGGAUGGAAACCACUUCCAUGUCUUCAGCUGACUUAUAUGGUAUUUCUAAUGCCACCAUGAUGCCUAAUAUGAUGACAGUCAGCAGUGACAGCAUGGGGGAGACAGAUAACUCCAGACUUGUGAGCAUGAAUCUUGAAAGCCCCUCCUGUAAUUCCGUGUUAAAUCCAAGAGACUUAAGACAGCUCCAACAGAUGCCCUCUUCCACUAUGUCAGCAGGUACCAGUUCCAGUGCUACAGUUUUUGUUUCACAGUCAGAUGCAUUUCAGCGAUCUGAUUUUAGUUGUGCAGACAAUGGCCUUAUAAAUGAGUCAGGACCAUCAAAUGGUACUAAUCCAAACAACCAUAGUUUUCAGAAUAGUCAGUAUUCAAGUAUUGGUAAUAUGCAGAGUGAGCCAUUGAGUGAAUCUUUUACAUAUGAUUUUUUAAAGUAUAAUUUGUAGAACUUAAAUCUUUUAAAAUGUUUGUGAUCAUUUUGUUAGUAUCAAUACAGACAUAGCAUCUCAUAUUUGUCUAACCAAAAAUAUAGUACAAAGCUGUCGUUGUUUUUGAAAUUUCUUUUCUCAGAGAAUUACAAAACUUUAGAUGUAUAUAGAAUACAAGCAUUGGAUGUAUAUAGAAACCAAAUCUUGGAAGGGGUUAUGAAAAGAAAAUUCGGGCUAAAAAUGGUGGUGCACACCUUUUACCUUAGCACUCGAGGCUGAGGGAGGAAAGGGUUAUGGGUUCAAGACACAAAACACAGAACAAAACCAAAAAAGAAAGAAAAAUGUUCUUUUUUCUUUUUCUUUCUUCUUUUGAAAGGGCUGACCUGAUAGUAUGUGUGUGUGAAUUCUGUUUUCAGGAUUGUACUGCAUUUCCCCAGGAAAGAUUCUAAGGAGAUCAUUAAACCAUGCAGUAUACUUUCUAAUUUUAUAUUUCUUUUAUAACACUGUAUUGUUAAAUGAAUUAACUGAUGUUUGCUUUCAUGCAAAUUUAAGGAAAAACUUAUAAUGGCUAUGCCAUUGGAAAAAUGUUCCUUUUUUUUUUUUUUUUUUUUGAGGCCUGUGACCCCUACGGGGUUUUCUGAGGCUUCUUGGAAUUUCUUAGAUUUAUAUGUAAAUCAAAACUUUUUUAAAAUAUUAAGUUGUGCAGAAGGCAGUUGAAGUGAAUUUUCAAGGUAUGGGAGGAUUCCUCCACUUUAUACUGUUUAAAUCUGUAUCUUUAAAGUUGCUUAUGAUUUUAGCUUUGCACCCAUAUUUUCAAGAGGAAGAAGCUGCUUUGUACCUGUUUUUUUCCUUAUGUAUUCUCACUCCCUGUGGUCUCAUACAACUGCCUGUUUGACACCUAGAAAUCUAAUGAAAGCUCAAAUGAGUAUAUCCAAACCUAUGUUCUUAGUCUUUCCUCCCAAACUUGCUUCUCCUUCAGUCUUCUCCAACUCAGUAAAUGGCAAUGCCAUACUUCUAAUUUCUCAGGCCAAAAAUCUUGGCAUCAUCCUUGAUUCUUUUAUCUCCUAUAUGCAACUUGAUGGAAAGAAUCUAAUUUAGGGGAAAAGUUUACCACUUUUAUACCCUUGAGCCUGGAAUAGGUAGGGUCUUGCUAAUUCCUGACAUACCCUCAAGGCAUAUUUCUUGUCCCAGUUCAAUGUCUGUGAUUUCUUUUUAAUUAUGCUAAUCUCCUCAGGAACCGUACCUCCUGUGGCCCCAACUUUAUGCAUGGUUCUUUUCAGACCAAAGCUUUUCAGAUACUUCAGCUCUGCUUUUUGGUUCUAGUUUUCACUUACAGAUCUAGCAAUGAGUAGUCAGCAGUGUUAAUACUUCUGUCUAAACAUUGGGCUGCCUUGAAAUUUCCCCGUCAGAUAAACAAGUUUACCAUCCUCCAACUCGGCCUCCUUAGGAUGUAAACAAACUGUAGGCUUUUUUCUUCUUUUUUUUUUGCUAGAGUAUAAUGUGUAUGACCUUUAGUUUAGUUUUCCAAGAGUCUCUUGUUCCUGUCUGAAACCUCAUGAGCACAGCCUUAACUGUCUACAUUCCUGUUAGCUUCUUUAAUUUACAUUCUCAUAUCUUUCCUCUCAUAUCUUUCCAAAUUCAUCCACAAUUCAAAAGGCUUCUGAAUAUAAUACAGCAACAACCUUAUAUCUGAAUUACUAAUAUUCUGUAUUAGUCACUUCCCUAUUGCUGGGCAAAAUACCUGACAUCCACAAUUUUAAGAAGAGAGGUUUUCUUGGGGGCUGGGGAUUUAGCUCAGCGGCAUAAGCGCCUGCCUUGCAAGUGUGUGAUUGUAAGUUCAAUCCCUGGUAUCGAUAAAAAUGAAAAAGACAAAAAAAUUAAAAAAAAAAAAAAAAAAAAAGAAGAGAGGUUUCCUUGGCUCACGGUUUCAGAAGAUUCAGCUCAUCAGCUGGCUCCAAGAUGGGAACAUCAUGGCAGAUGGGCAUAAUCAGGCCACUGGAAAGCAAAGCACCAGGGAAAAAUACCAAUGGCAAAGGAGCCAGGGACCAAAUACAGUCUUCAGAGUCAGGUUUCCCUCAUCUCCCCACACAUUAGAAAUCUCAUCCGUGACUCCCAAGCCAGUCAAGUUGACAAGCUUAACUGUCACACUUAUCAAGGCCUACCUUGACCAAAUUUCACCUUCCUGUUCUUCCUGCAUCCCAUAUGUAUAUAGCACUUAUCAUGAUCUGAUCUGACUGGGAAUUUAUUUAUUAAUGUGUAUCCUUUACUGAAAUACAAGCUCCAUGAGCGCAGAAAUGCUUGUGUCUCACUUAUUAUCAGAUCUCCGGUUUGUAGAACAGUGACUGUCUCAUGUUAAGCCCUCCAUAAAUAUUUACCAAACAUUCAAAUUUCUACCAGUAGAACAGUAAAUAUUAAACAUGUACAGUAUCACCAGCAGAACUCUGUUUUUUGAAAGAAUAGCUUUAUUAGAUACUUAAGGUUUUGAUAUUUUGUUUGACAUUAGAUUUUUGAUAGAAUCAUAUAAAUUCAAGUCUAGUACUAAUAAUGGUAGUCCAGAUUGUUUGAAAGCAAGGUAACUGGGAAGAUGAUAAUAGAAUUUAAGCAGUAGUUUAAUUGUGAAUGGAUGAUGAUGCUAAGUAAGUAACAUAUUAAAGAUCUAAUUUAUCUUACAACUAGAAUUUACUCUAGAUAUUGGACAUUCAUUUCCUCAACUAGAAAUAUGAACAUGUCCUUAGCUAGAAAUAGUGUAUCAUUUCACUUAUGUAGGGCCCACUCAAACUAAUAGCCUAACAUAGAUGUUAAACGUAUUCUUGACUGGAAACAAAUUCCUGACCAAUGAGUCAUUUUACUUAUACAGAACCCACCCAAAUCAUUAAUUUAAACAUAUUACUCAGUAAAAAUAGGGUACGUGUAAAUUUCCAGUUGAAUGAUAAUAGGAAAUAGGAAAGAGAACAAGAAAAGGUUAGGGUUUUGAGGUUAGGGUAGUCCAGAAAACAAAAGAAAAAUAUUAAAAUCCACUAUUAGGAUACUUUUCAAAUUAUGAUUUCACAAAUAAACAGUUGUCAUAUAAAAUUGAAAAGUCACAAGUACAUUAAUGUAGUUUUAGUAGAAUUUACCAGGGAAGGAAAAAAAACCAGGGUAAAUUUCUUUCCUGUUUAGAAUAUGAACUCAGGAUAUCUCCAGAUAGUGAUUGGUAGGGGGCAUGUUACUUUAAAAAUACAUAAUCUUAGAACUUCACAUGAAACCAGGUGUGUUGGCAAUGCCUAUAAUCUUUGCACUCAGGAGGCUGAGGCAGGAGGAUCACUGAAUUCAAGGCCAGCCUGAUAUGCAUAGCGUAACCUUGUCUCAAAAAGACAAAAAAAAUUUUUAUAUGAAUUAGCACUGAUCAGUUUAAAGCUAUUAGAGUAGCUCAGUGGAUUUUUAAGUCAGCAUUGACUUGUUUUGUGUUUUUUUACUCCGCCAGAUGAAUUAAGAGCCUGCUAUGUCUUGUAUUUAUAGUAUUUCCAACAGAUUCUUAAUUUUCAGGUGCUAUUUAUUGAACAUAGAGUUUAUUUUCGAAAGUGAGUUUGGCUGGGUAUUUCUCCCUUUACUUUCAUCUUAGUUUUGAGGACAUGAUGUCCUUCCUUUCUAAACUCCAUGGUAUAAUAGAGCCCUGCUUGAUUUCCCAUCCUGUUUUUCUCUGAAUUCACUUUGAGCCCAGGCUGGCCUCUUCUCCAGCCUGAAAAAGAAAAGAUCAACAACAAAACAAAAACCAAACAGUAACAAAAAAUUGUACCACUCUUGCACUGCUUCCCUUCCCAUCCUGACUUCUAAAGGGCUGCAACCUUGAUUUCCUCCCCUCUCGGCUUUUCAUCAGCUGCUGAUCACUGCAUCAGCUCCUGCUUCUUUCUUAUGAUACUUGGAUCUGUGAGCAGACACAGACACACACAUCAAAUCUGUCUUGUAUCUACUGUUCCUGUGUCCUGCGCACAACUUUCUGCCUGUUCAUCUCUCCAGCGUUCCUGAAUAAGGUGCCUCUCUGAGCCCUCUAGAACCCCACACAGCCUUCAGUUGGUGCUUUUUUCUUUCUUUCGUUAAAUGUUUUAUUUUAUUGGUACAUUUUAGAUAUACAUAAUGAAAACAUUCAGUGUAGGGAGUGGUGCCUGUAUUUUCUCCCAUGCAAUCUCAGCAGUGUCCACAGCUUCAGCCUUCUCUCAUGCUGUCUGUAUACCCACAGAGAUUGGCUUUUCCUGUUGCAUUCUUUACUUUGCUUUAUCAUUUAUUCUUUCGUUAAUGACAUUAUCAUUUACCACCGAGAUAUUUAAUAGACAUCUCAAAAUCGUAUUUUAGUGGACCAGCAGUGUAGCUCAGCGACACUGCGCCUGCCUGGCAAGUGUGAGGUCCUAAGUUUCAUUCCUGGUACCAAAAACAAAAAGGAAUUACAAACAAAAUCAUAUUUUAUUCUUUUAUCUUCUUUGCACUCAUGUAUAGUCCUUUUAAAUCCGCCUCCUAAAAAUCGUGGGUAUCUGUCCUUUCUUCAUUCCUGCUGCUUUCUUACUAAAAGCCUUUAUUUCCCCCAAGCAGGAUCUUCUAUGUUCCAUUUAAAAAUACCUCCUUCCCCAAGCUAGUUGUGGUGGCCCAUUCCUAUAACUCAGGCACCCUGGAAGGCUGAAGCAGGAGGAUUGUAAAUUCAGACUUGGGCAAUGUAGUGACUUGACAAGACCCUGUUUGGUAAGUAAUAAACAGAUGGGGGAUGUAGUGCAAUACGAAGGUCCCGGUUCAAUUCCCCAGUCUCUCCCUCCGCUUCCCCACCCCAUAUACGCACACACACAAGACAGACCCUAAGCCCAGGGAGGUGAGGGAGCAAGCAUGGAAGGGGCACAAAGAGUGAGAACGGACACUUACCUGCACCGCCUUUCUAUGGCGGAAGUAUUUUGGAUUGCAAACAUAUAGUAAUAAAAAAUUUAUUUAAAAACAAAUUCUUCUUAUACCUCCCUAUUAUAAUUUCCCUUGGAAAAUAACAUUUUAUGUCAGACCUCUGCAUCUUAACAUGUUGCUUUGUAUGUGCUUUUCUGGAGCUAGAACACUCAUUCUUUCAUUUUCAACUUCAUUUAACAAUUUAUCCAACAAGACUGAUUGAAUGUGUGCUGGAUGCUAGGCUUAGUUCUGAGUACCAGGGACACAGUGGUACACAGGAUUGCCUCCUGAAGCUUCCAUCCGAGGUAAAUGUUCUGUUUUUGGAAGCUAUUUAGGCCAGCUCAGUAACUUUUUGAAUGAUAAAAUUGUUGUUUACUUUUGCUAAUUCAUGGUGAUCUAAGCCAAGUGACUACAGAGCAUUUGAAAUAUCUGUAGUUUAUGAAAAAAAUAGUUUUAAUUACAGCCACAUAUGCUACCGGCUACCAAAUGGAUAGCAGGAGUCCAUGCGUGUAUAACACUAUUUAAAGCCAGGCUUCUAACAGGCGAGGUGGUGCACACCUGUAAUCCCAGCACUCAGGAGGCUGAGGUAGGAGGAUUACUCCAAGUCUGAGGCCAUGCUGGACUACAUAGUCAAUUUAAGGCCUGCCUGGACAACACAGGGGGACCCUGCUUCAGAAAACAAAAAAAAGACCAGACUUUUCCAAGAGGCUUAGUCGUGUACUCCUAGUUGAGGUACAGUUGUGCAUGUACCCAUUAAGUAUUGUCUCAAUCAUCUCUGGGACUUCAGGACUCGGCACAGCCGGGCACCUACUAUUAGAAGAGGAAGGGUGACAUGGGCACACAGGAGUGAUGACAGCUUUGUGGGCAAGGACAUGGUGUUUUGGUUUUUGGUUUUGUUAUUUUUUUUUAAUUUUAAAGAGAAAAUAAAAUUUCAAAAGAUAAUAGAGUAACAAUGGUUAAUACAUUACAUAGUCUCCUUUAAAUUACUUAGAAUACAAGGUAUAGGCAUCUAAUAUCCAAACAAUAUUAGCACAAACCUGCCUUUUCAAUGAACUAAGAGAAAUCAGUAGUCUAUCGCCUUACAUUUGCUUCCCCUUCCUUUUCUCCUUUCCCCAUCCCAGUUUCUCUUUCUUUUGGAGCAGUUUCCUCCCCUUUCACAUAUCUGUGGUACAUUUUAGAUCUUAUUUACUCUUUCAGCUUCUCACACUGACAAUAUGAUGUUUACACAUAAGGAUAUGACUUCUAAAAGAAAAGGUACUUGAUCUUGCGGGAAAAGCUGCGAUGCCAAGAUUCUGUGUCUUAGGAAAUACACUUCUCCACUUGCUACCCUCAUUUUCCUUUUAAAAACCGUCCCGCAGCGCAGCCCAUUAAGAUUAAAAGUAGCUCUGUUGAACAGUAGGGCCAUAUGCUUUAGGUUUAAAAUGUAGAUGAAAGGAUUAUUUGAGGUCUGUGACCUCGCUAGAGCUCUCUUCCUUACAUGUAGCGGUCUAAUCUCGUGUCCCUCAUGCACUUCCUUGAUCCCUUAUCCCUGUGCGGAUGCUCUAGUAUUUGUGUAAGUCAGAUAGCUUAUUUUUUAAUGUCUAAUGUGCAAAGCAGGAAGUGAUACAAAUGAAUGAGAUUAAACUCUUGUUCUCAAAGUCUCUUUUGAGGGAUUUCACAGGCAUAAAGUAGACCAAUUGUAAGUGUAGAGCUUGAAGAAUUUUUAUGUAUGUAGGCAUGCAUGUAAUAAUAUCCUAUACAUCUCUCUCUGACCAUUGCCCAAUCUGCACCUCUAAAUCACUGUUCUGAUUUCUAUCAUCAGAACCUGUUUUCUGACAAUGGCCUUUUAAAUUGGUAACUGAGCCUGUUUCCUCAUAUUUAUGUGGAGGAAUUGUUUUAUUUUUAACAUACUCCUUCAGGAAAACUAUGUUGUUUAUGUUGAAAGAGGCUUAGAAUUGCUAAUCUAGGUUGUCUAUAACAUCAUAUAAUUUUUUAUCAUAAAUUGAUUUAUUGAAAGAUUAUCACAUGCUGUGAAACAGCAUUGGAGAAACAAAGAAUGGGAACUAUUUUUAGUUGGAUAAUAUCCACCCGUCCUACCUCAUAAUAUGUUUUGUACUCAAUCAUGUCUAAGAAGAAACACUGUAAAUUGCAUAGUUUUCAAUAUAACUAAUACACCAACAUCUGUUGGUGCCACUUCACUCUGAUCGCUGAAUCAAACACGCCUGGAUAUGUAGGACCUAGUAGAGGAAGACCGCUGGGCAUUGAGUGCUUCGUAGUGAGAGCCCUGAAGUGAGUUUCUCUUUCGAGUGACCAGCUGUUGCCUAGAUCUGGAGAACCUUCUCUUGGCCUUAUUCUUUGCAGACUGAUUUCCUAUUGAAGAUAAUGCCAAUUACUGAAUUUGUUUUUGAAGUUCUGUGACUUAAUCUUUUGCCAGAGUUGAUUAUGAAUUGGGAGAACUUUGAUUCAAAUGAAGUUUCUACUGAAAGGUUUCUGAAUUUUUUUCUGAGGUUGGAUAUGAAAGGAGGCAAUCAUUUUUUCCUAUCACAUGUAUAGAACAUUUCAUGCUACUUAUCCCUAUAAGCCAGGAAUUGGUAAUCAGAUACAAAUUAUGGUUUGCUUGUGUCUUUUCAGACUCACUCAGAUGAGUAUUUUAACUACUAUAGAAUUUAAAGCACAUGCUUAACACUGUAAAAGAUCAAAUCUCAGAAAUAAUAAUAUCUGUAAAUGUUUUCAUGCUUGCUAAAAACUACACAAAUUCUCUUUUAACAAACAAAAUAGAACUGUAUUUUUUUCUAAAGUAACCACUCCAUUUAGUUUGAUUGUUAUGCUGUAUACCGGUAGACCCAGCACUCUGGUAAGCUGAGGGAAGAAAAUAGCAACUUAGCAAAAGUCUGUCUCAAAAUAAAAAUAAAUAAAGAGGGCACAGUUGUGGCUUAGUGCACAGGGCUUGUUCAGUCUCCAGGAUUGGAAAAAAAAUAAAAAUACUGUUGGCUGCAACAAAUACAGAUUCUGAUCGAAUAGAAAGUCUUAUUUUUUGCUUCCUAAUAUGCCUAUUAUGCUUCCUAAUAACUGGAAUUUGGAGGUAAUGAAUUGAUUUUUAAAAGUUCUCAAACAUUGUUAAAUUAUUUACAGUUAAGUGUAUCAAUAUGCAAUAGUUCUUAAGAUGUUUAAAUGCCUUUUAUUGUACAGAAUGUUUUAUUACCUUUGUAAUAUCUUUAUAUACAAUUUUUUCUUGGUAAUGUAAAAAAUUUUAAAACACGCUAUAUUUUGUUACAAUUUGACUUAAAAUAUUAACUUGAUUUUCUUAAUAUUUGUUGUAUUUUUCUUAAAACAAAAGGUAGUUUUGGUUUCUAAGACAUUAGACAUGUUUAUGCAAUGCUAUUGCUGGAUAUUCUUGCAUCAUGACUCUUGGAAAUGAGUAUUUUCAGAGUAUUGAAAUACCCUUUUGAAAGAUUUUCUCUUUCCUGUCUCUUUCUUUCUAAACAACUUAAACAUAUUUUCAGAGUCCUGGACGUGUAAAUCCCAGGGUACUGGUGUGAAUGGGUGAGGGCUGUCUUCAGAACUUGCAGAUGGCUGGCGUCUGUGCCCACACAGUGGGAGAGGAGGAGAAAAGGAUGGAGAAGGAGAAGGGAGGGGUUGCAAUCAAGUUCCUUCUUUCACUUAAAAUAAAUACAUAUAUUUUGUGACUUGAAAUUAUAUAGCAUAUACAUGACAUUAUAUAGCAUACACGUGAUAUGAAAUUAUAUUUUAUAUAUAUACAUAAUUAUACAGAAUGAUAUGUAUAUUAUGUAAUUAUAUGUAUAAUAAACAUGUGACAUAA